AUGACUUCAGCAGGCGAAUUCACCAGAACUCAGAUCUUCGGCACGGUGUUCGAAAUCACCUCCCGAUACACGGACUUGAACCCGGUCGGCAUGGGCGCUUUCGGCUUGGUGUGCUCCGCCAUGGACAAGCUCACAAACCAGAACGUGGCCGUGAAAAAAAUCAUGAAGCCGUUCCUGACCUCGGUGUUGGCCAAGAGAACCUACCGAGAGUUGAAGUUGUUGAAACACUUGCGCCACGAGAACCUCAUCACGUUGGACGACAUUUUCUUGUCGCCCUUGGAGGACAUCUACUUCGUCACGGAGUUGCAAGGCACCGACUUGCACCGCUUGCUCACAUCCAGGCCCUUGGAGAAGCAGUUCAUCCAAUACUUCACGUACCAGAUCUUGCGCGGGUUGAAGUACGUGCAUUCUGCGGGCGUCAUCCACCGCGACUUGAAGCCCUCCAACAUCCUCAUCAACGAGAACUGUGACUUGAAGAUCUGCGACUUUGGCUUGGCCCGCAUCCAGGACCCCCAGAUGACCGGGUACGUGUCCACUCGUUACUACCGUGCGCCGGAAAUCAUGUUGACCUGGCAGAAGUACGACACCGAGGUGGACAUGUGGUCCGUGGGCUGCAUCUUGGCCGAGAUGAUCGAGGGCAAGCCGCUCUUCCCAGGCAAAGACCACGUGCACCAGUUUUCCAUCAUCACCGAGCUCUUGGGCUCUCCGCCGCCGGAUGUGAUCGAGACCAUCUGCUCGGAAAACACCUUGCGCUUUGUGCAGCUGUUGCCCCAGAGAGACCCGAUUCCCUUUGGCGACAGAUUUGCGCUGUGCACGCACGUGGAGCCCGAGGCCAUCGACUUGCUCUCGAAGAUGCUUGUGUUUGACCCGAAGAAACGCAUCACGGCUGCGGAUGCGUUGCAGCACCCCUACAUGGAGCCCUACCACGACCCGACCGACGAGCCUGCCUGUGAGUCCAAGUUCGACUGGAGCUUCAACGACGCAGACUUGCCCGUGGACACAUGGAGAGUCAUGAUGUACAGCGAAAUCUUGGACUUCCACCAGAUGAAUGGCGCGGACCCCAGCCUGGCGGUGCCUACCGAGACCGGCCAGGUGCCUGUGAACGAGGCGGGCGAGACUCUGCAAGUCUAG